AUGCUUUUGUAUCCUCGCGCGAAAGCUCACGUUCUCCAGUGUUGUGGUUAAAGUCAUGCGCAGGAAUGAUGAUACUGCAUAUCGCGUUUUGCCCAUUUCCUGUGUCCGGUCUGAUUUGAUACUUCAUAUUAUAAAAGCUCCAAAUCAUUGACAGUUCCUUGGCACAGACAGAUGUAUUAAUUAAAAUAUAUAAUCAAACUUAAGUAAAAAACUCACAAUUGACCCAUGCAAUAUUAACAUUAUUUAAUAAAUGAAGAAAUUAUUGGAUUUGAAUUUGGUACUGGUUUUAAAGAAUUUACGACGAAUGACGCCUGUGGGAUAUAUUAAAUGUGAUUAAUACUUUCAAGAUAUAAUUCAAUCCAAAAAGAUUCCACAGUUACACUCUUGUACCAAACGAAGAGGCUGAAUUGCAUUUCAGGAUGUUAUUCUGUGUGAACGGAUUUUUGAAUAUUUGUAAAUUACAAAAUAAUACCGCCAAAGGUUUUCAACUGACUUCGUAUGGAGUUGGAAUUAAAUAAAACAGUGUGACAAUAAUGGUAACAACCCAGCCCUACUAUCAAAUCCAGAACGUCACUACAGUAGUGUACAGUUUAGCAGACUACUACAUGUUUUGGGCAUUCAUAGACGGCUUACUCUUUGCAAUAAUUAUUUGCGGCAAUAUAUUAACCAUCCUGGCAGUGAGGCUUAGCCGUAGAUUGAGAAAUGUCACAUCCAAUUACUUUGUAUUGAGUCUGGCGAUUUCGGACUUCCUGGUGGGUCUAACGUUGCCAUAUCAUUUGGCAUUUUACGUGACCGAAUUACUAGGCACUAUACCUGCAACAUGUAUCAUGAGAUUUGUUUUGAUCAGUCUGGCAUGUUGCGCUAGUAUAUACAAUCUGAUCGCCAUUGCUGUUGAUAGAUAUAUUGCCAUAGUGCAUCCUUUAAAGUAUAGUACUUAUAUGACCAGAAGGGCAGCACUUGUCUUGAUAUUUCUUGGAUGGAUAAAUGCCAUCGCCAUUGCUACUGUACCAAUAUAUUGGAACUGUUUUGAUGCUGCGACUGAAUGUGAGAUGGACACUGUGUUACCAAGGUAUUAUACUGUUGCCAUAUUGACUCCUAUGCUCUGUUUUAUUUGGUUGAGCAUGUUUAUUCUGUACUGGCAAAUUUGGAAGGAGGCAAGCACACAUGCUCGGCGUUUGAGACACAAUGGAAUGUAUAAUAAUGGAACAAGCGAUUGGAAAAGUGUUCAGGUCGUUUUGCUGGUGCUAGGUUGUUUCUCUAUAUGUUGGCUACCGUAUCUUAUUGUGGCUUGUAGCAGAGCUUUCGAUUGGCAUAAGAAAGCUUCUCCUGUUGUGUAUAAAUCUAUGUUUUCAUUGGCUAUGGCCAAUAGUGGGAUGAACCCAAUGAUCUAUGCAUGGAAAAAUAAGAAUUUUCGAAAAGCUUUUCAAAAGCUGCUGCACUUCCAAUCACCAAAUCGAAGCAAUUUCAAUUCUAGCUUAAAGAAUUACUUACAAAAGCAGAAAGAACUUAAUAGCCUUGAGAAUAAUAAAAUGGAGGGAGAUAUUCGGCCGAAUCAAAAUGGUGGUUUAUCAACUAUUUGUAAUAAUUAUAUGUUUGAAAGCGAAGAGGCACUGGAGGUGACUCCGAUGUAGACAGUAUAUCAGUACUUGUAAUGUAAUCAAAAUAAAUGUGUUAGUAUUAAAUUAAA